AUGAAGUGGUUUGGGGUCCUAGGGCUGGUGGCCCUCUCAGAGUGUUUAGUCAUAAUCCCUCUGAUGAAGGUCAAGUCCAUUCGAGAAAACCUCAGGGAGAAAGACAUGCUGAAGGACUACCUGGAGAAGUACCCCUACCGUCUGACCCACGAGCUUCUUUACACACAACAGGACUCUGGAGUAACUUUUGAACCCAUGAGGAACUACCUGGAUCUAGCCUACGUCGGCAUCAUCAGCAUUGGAACACCCCCUCAGGAAUUCAAGGUCAUCUUUGACACCGGCUCCGCUGACAUGUGGGUGCCCUCCAUCUACUGCACCAGCCAGGCCUGUGCCAAGCACAAUACCUUCAACCCUCUGCGGUCCUCCACCUUCGUGGCCUCAGGCCAGCCCAUCAACCUCGCCUACGGCACCGGGAAGAUGUCAGGAUUUCUUGGCUACGACACUGUUAAGAUUGGGAGCCUUGUCGACGUAAACCAGGCAUUUGGCCUGAGCCUGAAGGAACCCGGCAAGUUUAUGGAAUACACAGCUUUCGACGGCAUCGUAGGCCUCAGCUACCCCACCCUGAGCGUCAAAGGGGCCAUCCCUGUCUUCGACAACCUGUGGAACCAAGGCCUCAUUUCUGAGAAUCUCUUCGCCUUCUACUUGAGCAGCAAGGGCCAGAAGGGCAGCGUGGUGAUGUUUGGCGGGGUGGACCCUUCCUACUACACCGGAGAGCUCCACUGGGUGCCCGUGUCCAAAUGCACCUACUGGCAAAUAUCCAUGGACAGCAUCUCCAUGAAUGGGAAGGUUGUUGCUUGUCAUGGUGGCUGCCAGGCCAUUAUGGAUACUGGGACCUCAUUGCUGAUUGGCCCACAUGACGCCAUCCUCAACAUCCAGAGGAUCAUCCAGGCCAGGCCCUCCAACACCGGCGAGUACAUCAUCAACUGUGACACCGUCAACACCCUGCCUGACGUCGUCUUCACCAUCAACGGUGUCGGCUACCCAGUGCCAGCCAGUGCCUACAUCCAGAAGGGUCGUUUGGGCACCUGCUUCAGCAGUUUUGACAAGGGCAUGGGCCACUUGUUCACCUCGGAGGUCUGGAUCCUGGGUGACGUCUUCCUGAGGCUGUAUUUCACCAUUUUCGAUCGAGCAAACAACAGGAUUGGACUGGCUAAGGCGGUGUAAAUGCUGAGGCUGCUCCAGGAAGCAUCCAGGCCACCCCAAACACACCCCCGCACACACAUUCGGGGCAUUCCCACUUGGAGGCACUGGCUCCAACUGUGUUUGGUGGUCUGCAAAGCCCUAUUCUCAGUAGAGAAUAAAGAUCUUAUUUCCA